AUGCAGCACGCCCACGCGGGCGCCGCUGCGUGGCAGCAGUUCCCCCACAGCAAUUCCAAUGGGAGCUCCGGCGGCGAGCGCCCUCAUCACCCGACGCAGUAUCAGGCGAUGCCGCCGCCGUGGUUGCUUGGGCCAAUGGUGCCCUACCGACCACAAGGCGGGGGAAGGAGCAUGAAGAAUCCAACACAUAGGCAGUGGUACUUAGACUCCUUAAAGACCAUCCAACGCGUUCACAGCCCUGAGUGGAGAAAGCUCCAUUUUCUUGACUCAACCGGGGGACAUACCGAGGUGGUCAAGGUCAACUGUGCCGGUCCCGCCGAAGGUAGGAAUCCGAGAGGUGAGAGUGCCGAGGUCCGCCGGUACGCCAGGGUGAAUCGCAACGACCGCGGCACGGAGCAGCGUGCGGCGCGUGCGUCCGAAGCUGCGGUGGGGGCAGAGGAGCAGGACACCGCCGAGGAAGACGGCGGGGAAGAUACGCGUGGCCUGAACACGACCAGCCAGAAUUCGAGCACAGUGGAUGUACUCGCAUCCUCGUAUUACCCCAGGGCAGGAAACGCGGGGAAGGAAGGGCUUGAGGACGCGCAGGCUUCUGUGAAGCCGCGGAGAGGCUAUAGACCGAGUCUCGCUCCCAGAAAUAUACUUCUAGAAUUGAGCGACUCGGACGAAGACUACCCAAGGGAAACUACUGCUACCUCUCCAACGCAAAACUCUGGAGAAGGGUCCAGCAAGGACGGCUCCACGGAUGGGACUUCCAGCGGUGAGUAUGAGGGGGAGAACGCUGGCAGACGCAAGUCAAACAAUAGCAGCGUUGCAGGGUCGUUUGCCAACUAUGGCGCAAGUAUGGCGGGUCAGCCCCGCGGCCACUACCGAGUUAGGUUCGGGGGUUCCCUCUUUGACCCUUCCGACGCGACGUCGUUCAGUCUUGCCACCCCUGGGCUUCGGCCGGGGUCCAGCGCCACCAACUUUGGGCAAAGUAUGCUACGCGGGCAGGAUUCGAUUGCGCGACUUCCGGGCCUUAGCCGGACCCGCAUGGGGGAGGAUGCUAUGCGUCUUCGCUCCAUCGUUCGGCCGGUGUCGCUUGACGAGGACGACUCCGACGAGUUGUACCGUUCCGCCUCCGCGUCGGCGUCGAUCCGGCCGCGGGGACAGGGCGAGUAUGGCGGUAAGGCGCCGGUGUUAAGGGCGAUACGCGCCGGCAUCAAGAAGGCCCGGGAGUCGAUACCGGAGUAUGUGAAGUCGGGGUGGGAGUGCUUCAGCCGGCGCGGCGACAAGGGGACGCCGGGGCUGAUUUCCUCCGCCUCGCAGCUGGCGGAGGGCUCCGAGGGGCGCGGCGGGCGGAAGACGGACUCCGCGCGGGCGAGGCGCUACCACCGCAAUGAAGCCUCAACGCCGCAGUCCCUGAGCGAGAAAAGCUCCGACGCCGCCGAAUCGGACACCUCCACUAGUCAAGGGCUGGGGUCGCAGGAGCGGCAGCGGCUAAAGUCACGAACGGCCUCGCAGCUCACGGUGCAGGAUGGGAAAACAAGGUCCUUUUAUGACCAACUCACUCAACUGCCGAAGUUUCUUAGACGCUACAAACUAUGGCCGUCUGGCAAGCAUCGCGAAAGAGAAAGGGGGACCUCGGACUCAUCGCAGCAGAGCCUGAGCCGCCAAAGUACAAGGGAAGACGAUGGAAAGGACAUCACAGGUAUAAUGCCGAGAAUAAUGGAUCUAGAGUACCCAAUUAUUCAAGAGCAAGUUAAUGAGGUGAUGCCUGCGAAGAGUACGGAACAGCCACAGCUCAAUGGUAAGAAUAGAAAACCAUUUACGCCUCCACAAACGAGGUUAAGUGUGGAACACACCAGAGAGACUAAUAAAAGUCGCCCCGAAGGUUUCGGAGAAGUGCCUCGCGUACCUUUACUGCCCUCUGUAACCCAAAAAAGCUAUCGGCGUCCAAUAGAAUACCGCCUCUCCGAGGACCGCAGUAAUUCUGAUAUCUCAAUGUACUACCAGUUUUAG